AUCCAGCUGUUUUCAUUCCCUCUGUACCGUUGGCUGAACAGUCUACACUUUGUUGUCCCUGCUCCUCAAAAGGAGAAUAGCUGCAUGUUUUACUGUUUGAAGAAUCAAGAAUAACGCACCUUCAUGUGUUUGCUGCAGCGGUGAUGAUGGCGGGUAGGGGCAGGCUCGUGCCCUGUGCGUGUCUGGGACUGUUCGGUGUCCUGUGCUGGGUCUGGGUCUCUUUUGCCUCCUUUCCAGAUGACCAACAUCCCCUGGAGGCCUCGGAUGCAUUGGACCGAGGAGCCUUUCAGCCCCAGAGUGCUCUGUUAGAGAUGGAGUUUGCCUCCAUCGGUCCAUACAGAGGACCUGGCAACAAAGACCGCCGCAACAACAAGGAGCUGCCCAUCCUCCUUUGGUGGAGUGGAGGUCUGUUCCCACAUUUCCCUGGGGACUCUGAACGCAUCGAUUGUGCCACAUCCUCCUGCCUGGUCACAAGCAACCGCAAGGUCCAGCUGUACAAACGGACCGCAUCCAUCAUCUUUUAUGGAACAGACUUCCGGGCAUAUGAGGCGCCACUCCCUCGUCUCCGCCACCAGACCUGGGCGCUGUUCCAUGAGGAGUCACCCAUGAAUAACUACAUCCUCUCCCAUGGACCGGGAAUCAGGCUGUUCAACUACACUGCCACGUUUCGCAGGGAGUCCGACUAUCCGCUGACCCUGCAGUGGCUGCCUUCUCUGGAUUACUUGCUGGAGCCGGUGGUCGUGUCCCUGGAGGAGAAGAACCGGCUGAGGAGGGAGGGCCUGGGUCCUGUGCUCUACAUGCAGUCUCACUGCGAUGUACCAUCAGACAGGAACAGAUAUGUCCAGGAGCUCAUGAAGUAUAUUCAGGUGGACUCUUACGGGAAAUGCUUGAACAACAAACCUCUGCCUGCACAUCUGGAGGACACGGCCACAGCUACCGGCGAAGAGGCCAACUUUAUGAAUUUUGUUGCGCGCUACAAGUUCCACCUGGCGCUGGAGAACGGCCUGUGUCCAGAUUACAUGACAGAGAAGCUGUGGCGGCCUCUCCAUCAGGGCUGUGUGCCGGUCUAUCGAGGCUCCCCUGUGGUGGCAGACUGGAUGCCCAACGACCACUCCGCAAUCAUCAUAGAUAACUUCCCCUCACCAAAAGCUCUCGGGGAAUUCCUCAAACAUCUUGAUGGGAACGACGGUGAAUAUGCUAAAUAUAUAGAGUUCAAAAACCCCAGCCGCAUUACCAACCCCUGUUUGUUGGAGGCUCUGGAGACCCGUGAGUGGGGGGUUAAUGACAUGAGUAAACCCAACUACCUAAAUGGAUUUGAAUGUUACGUGUGUGACCAGGAGAAUGCACGACUGGCAGCAGAACGAGCAUUUAGGAAAGCCCCUAAGAAGAACCAACCGCCUCAGUCUAGAAUGGCCAACAACUCUCACAUGGGGUGCCCCCUGCCCAGCCCGGGGUACGGAAAUGUCAAAGACUUACCUGCAGAUGAUGGAUGGUUGCAAAUAUGGCCGCAGGAUUACUGGCAGAGCCUGGACCAAGCAGAGGGGCUGGAGUCUUUGAUCAGACAUAACGAGUCAGACCCUUCGCUGCUGUGGAAGCACAUCCAAAACAUUGCUGUGAGCAGAGCCAGAGGAAAACACUGACACAGGCCUUGAAAGAAACAGGAGGCUGGAGCACAACCAGGAUUAUAGUCAGAGGUGUCCCAUAUUAUGCAUCCUCUCUGUUUGAAUGAGGGAAUGAAGCAGAAAUCAGUAAUACCUUUGCACCUGAGCCAAAAACUUCUUUACCCGUAUGAGCAAUUUAGUUAUGCUACAAUAGAUUUUGUUCAGCUGACAUGAUAGGUUUGUCCUUUAUCCCAAGUUCAGUAAUGGGGAAAUAAUGUUCUAGAUGCUAAUAUUUCCAAGUCUUUUUAUUACUAUAACCGAGGUGCCCUUACUGCGCCUUGCAUUGUUAACAUUAACUGGAUGCAUUGCAGUUCCACAGAGGCUCAUUCUCACGGGAGGCAGACGUUCAUUGGACUGGGGCAGAGCCAAGGGAGCUCUGCCUAACUGUGUGAAGACCAUCAAGACAGUAGCCAAUGAAGUGCAUUAGCUUCUUUUACAGUUACUCAGCAGGUUAUUAGCUAAAGUCACAUUUAAUGUACACAGCUAUUUUAAGUGUCUAUGCAAGGAAAAUAUUAUUUCACCAAGAAGUGGAGAAAGGCAAAGUUAAGCCCAACUCCCCUUUGGGAAUUCACCACUGCUUUUGCUCAGGAACAUCUCAUCUAAUGAAUUUCUUUGGCGGUUACUUUACAACAUGGCCCGAACUGUUUGUCACAUGAUGCUAAGAUAAGACAUUUAUGUGCAAUAGUUUUAAAAAAUGCUUUUCUAAAACAUUGAACUGCUUGAGACUCCAUGACAGUCCUGUGUGUCUGCUGGCACACUGAGUUUGCAUCACAUGUUUAUAACGGGAUUAUAUAAAUCAUUUUAUUUUUUUUAACAAAGCAUCAUACAUGUAAACACAUUUUGUAUCAAGAAGAGAAAAAGAAGUAAACAUUUUGUAACAAAGUCAUUUUUUGCACAACUGUGGCUAAAUUUAUUGUUGCCCACUAGCCAGUAUUAGUCUGUUCACAAUACAUAUCCUUCAUAGUUUAGGCAGAUACAGCUUCCACCACCGGGGGAAAAAAAAACACAAGCUUGUAUAACAUAUUUGAGGACGUUUUAACCUAAAGUAAGAAUCAACAUUAAAUAGUCAUAUUGUUCACUAUUACAACCUUUAUGAUCACCCUAAACCACAUUAUUCUUGACUUCAAACCAAACAGUCCAAACUAUGAGAAAGAUGCGAGUUCCCACUUUAUAUGCAAAUGAACAUGAAGGCAAGGGUACGAUGUUAAGAGGCUGCAGAAGGGCUUCGGUAAUCAGUCCAAGGCUUUGUUGUAGCAGGCUUCGCAGUGGACUUUCCCCCCAUGUAGGAACAUACCGUCGAGAAGGUCUCCCAUCGGCUUACGACACACACCACACUGAAACAUUGGGAGAACGUAAAAGAAAAUGUACUCGUGAGAAAAGGCAGUGAAGAGCAGUGUUUUUAUCCUUGACAUUAUCUCAUACUAAUUUACUGCUCCAUAAUACACAAUAAACUGGUUCAACCCUUGAUUCAUACACUGGCAAUAUGCAAUAGCUAAAUAUAAUUUGUAUUCAAGACUUGUAGAGUAUUAAUGUAGUACUAGUAAAAAAGUAUUAAGGAGCAAAUUUAAGUUAUAUUAUUAUAUUACAGGAGUAGUUUUGGGAAAUGCACUUAUUGGCUGUUUUGCCAAGAAAUAGAUAAGAUCGACACCACGCUCCUGUCUGUCAUAUGACGCUACAGCCAGCAGCUGGUUAGCGUAGCUUAGCAUAAAGAGAGGAAAGAUGACAGCAAACAUGUUAUAUUCACGCUUUUAUGAAGCAUUGGCGCUGCUGGUAGGUGGAUUCUUGAACAGUGGAUAGUGUUUACACUGACUAAAGCUAUAACUGGCUGCCGUCUGUAACAUCACAUUAACUCUCCGGACAUUAGAGAGUAGUCUCAAUGUUUUCCUCUAACUCUCUACAAAAAGCAAAUAAACACAUUUACCAAAAUGUCAAACUAUUUUUUUAAGGAGAACAAAAGCUCACUUCCUCCAGGUCAGACCCUUCAAGGGCUUUUUAAUAGUCCAAUAAAUACCAAAUUGCAUCUUCAUAGGAGCAGACGGAUGAAC